AUGUCCGAGGAGGUGUUCCAAUUGCAGGAAGCCUUACGGACGAACCAGCUGCAGAUCAAGAAUGCCUUGCAAAGAAGGCGGCACAGUAAGAAGCGCGAAGCUUCUGGUGGCUUGGGCCCUGCUGGACAGAAAGCAACCAUAGCUGUAUACCUGCUGAGCGACCAGAAUCUGGAACUCAGCGUGCGUAUGUUGCAGCACUGGGCUGCAGCUGCGUCGCCAAGCUCCAUGGACCCUGGUCGCAUCGUGGAGGACUUGGUCUUGCAAACACCAAUGGAAACAUUGAGGCAAACCUUUGCACCUGAGACGCAAGAGUGGCGACUGGCAGUGGCCCGGGCUAAGAAGUUUCUAGCUGAAGCUACCGCUCGUGACUGGGUAGCGCAACUGAAUGUUGGUCAUGGCGUGGCACCUUCGGCUACUGAAGUAUAUUGGCAGUAUGAAUCGGUUCUGAAAGGCACUGACCCUGAAGCACGCCUGCCUGCCGCACGAAUGGUGCGCAAGUGGGUUUGUUGCUGGCGUGGCCGCUGGGGCGUUCGCCGCGGCGCCAUCCGACCAAAGUUGCACAUUGAAACGCCCUUGCUACAAGCAAAGGCUCUAGGGAUAGUGGAAGCCUUUUGGCGGCAAGUCUGCUACAUCAGGCGGAAGUUCGCCACUAAAAAGCUGGUGUUUCUCAACUUAGACGAGACAUCCAUUGGCUAUAGCUUGAUGCCGCAAGCGGGCUGUGUCACUGUUGAGCAUGGGCGCCAAGUGCCUUUUACUGCGAAGGUGAAGAAGGAGAAUCACAGAGGAUGUUUCACUUAUGUUGCUAUUAUUUGCACAUGUAUAAGCCUACAAGGAAAGUUACCGCACUACUUGCUUGGCAGCCGUGCACGGUUGACAAAGGCUGUGAUGCGCGGCCAAGCCGCAUUGCCGCAGACAAACCUGAAAGUGCUAGCACAGCAAUCGGCGUGGAACUCUUCUCCUUGCAUGGUGCAGAUUCUGGAAGAAGUUGCGGCUGUCAUCAAAAGUGUGUGCAGCGCAGGGACCCAAGGGGUCUUGCUGUUAGAUUGUGCGCCAUGUCAUUUGACGCCAAGUGUCCUGAAGGCAGCUGCAGUGUCUGGCCUACAACUCGCGUUCGUGCCAGCCAGUGCCACGCAUGUGGCUCAACCCUUGGACAUGGCAGCAUUCAGUGGCUUCAAGAAAUGGCUUCAAAAAGAGCAUCGCUCUCUGCGCAGCACUUCUCCUGAUGGCUGA